AUCACUUCUAAAACCUCAUCUCGUUGGCAUUAUCUCAAACUCAAAGCCUACAACUUUUCUUAUUCCUUUUCCAUUUGUCUCUGAUCUUCACCCAAUCAAACAAACACACACACACACACACAUUCCCCCAUAUAAGAGACAAUGGACUAUCACGCGGCAAAAACUUGUCUACUCAUCAUAUCUCUCAUUUCUCUCGCUGACGCGGUGCCCUCGACCCGCAACAACAUCCACAACGUCCAACACAACCUCCACGACCUCCGAUCAGAACUCCGAUCCGACCUCUCAGCAUUCUGCCAGAAAACCACCAACCCCACCCUCUGCGCCAAAACCAUCCAACCCCACUUCCUCCACAACAACCUCGACCCAUUCAAAGCCCUCGAGAUCGAAGUCGAAGCCACCUUAAACCAAACCAAGAAAACCAUCGCCAUCAUCAGCGAGUUGCUUGCAAAACACGACAUCUCCAAAUCCCUGAAAGGCUCCCUCGACACGUGCAAGGAGCAGUAUGACAGCAUCAUGGAUUCCAUCAAAGAAACCAUUGAUGCCAUUGCGAGGAAGGAUGUGAUCGAAGCGAAGUUCAAGUUCAGUGCUGUGAUUUCGUUUCAAUCUUCUUGCAAGGACGCGUUUGAAGGGUUGGAUGAUUUUCCCAUUGCUUCGGAUUCUGAUGAGGUGUUCCAGCUCGGAGGAAACUGCUUGGACAUCAUUGCAGAUUUGGAAAAAGCUUUUCCUCACCAUGAUGCUCCGGUGGAGGAGUCAACUCCUUCUGCGUUUAGCAACAUCAUCGGAACACUGUCAUAGAACCAAUUCAUAAGUUCUUCAGUUGUUAUGUACAUAUUUUCAACCGCCAACCGCCGCCAAUGUUUGCAACGGUUGAGUUGUAUGUAUAGUAAAAAAUGUAUGUUCAUGAUGUAUUAUAUGUAAUCUAGUUUGUAAUUUAUAUAUGAUAUGACUUUUC